GACGCGGCGUCAUUGACGCCCUUGGAGACUCUCUCUCUCUCUCUCUCUCUCUCCAGCUCGUGAAGUAGCUUGUCUGUGGUCUCUUGCCGGUCUGGCCGAUCUCUGAGGGCGUGACUAUAUGGACUCCGAUUCGGACGAAGAGGAGGAGAUGCUCCCUCCGAUCAGCGAGAGGGAGGAGUGGCGAGACGUGAAGCCCCUCCCUCAGGACGAUGGCCCCAACCCGGUUGUUCCCAUUGCCUACACCCCUGAGUUCCGGGAAACCAUGGACUAUUUCAGGGCCGUCUACGCCGCCGACGAGCGUAGUCCCCGCGCCCUGAAGCUCACCACCGAAGCCAUCGGAUUGAACGCCGGAAAUUACACCAUCUGGCAUUUUAGGCGUCUUAUACUUGAAACGCUCAAUGUUAAUCUGGACGAUGAGUUGGGCUUCAUUGAGAAGAUAGCAGAAAGGAACUCCAAGAACUACCAGAUAUGGCAUCACCGCCGUUGGACUGCUGAGAGACUUGGAAAAGAAGCAACAACAAAGGAGCUAGAAUUUACUAGGAAGAUACUAUCUCGGGAUGCUAAGAACUAUCAUGCUUGGUCUCACAGGCAGUGGGUACUUCAAACAUUAGGUGGGUGGGAAAAUGAACUUGAUUAUUGUCAUCAACUGCUUGAAGAUGAUGUGUUCAAUAAUUCUGCUUGGAAUCAGAGAUAUUUUGUUAUAACAAGAUCACCCUUGUUGGGUGGUCUGCAGGCAACCAGGGAAUCUGAAGUGAGAUAUACUGCUCAGGCAAUUAGAGCUAAUCCCGGAAAUGAGAGCCCUUGGAGAUACUUGAGAGGCCUAUACAAGGGUGAAACUGAAUCUUUCAUUAAGGACUCUUACAUUUCUGAACUGUGCCUUGAAAUCCUAAGAAGAAGCACACACUUUGUUUUUGCUCUGAGCCUUCUUCUUGACCUUCUCUGCUAUGGUUUUGAACCAUCAGCAGAGUUUGCAACUUUGAUUGAAUCAGAAGGUAGUUCAAGUCAGUCCAACAACCUUGCGAGUACUAUCUGUUCUAUUUUAGAGAAGGUGGACUCGAUGAGAUCAAAUUAUUGGCGUUGGCGAAAAGGCCAUCUUCCUCCUGAGAUAUGUUGAAUCUUCAGUUAGUUACAGAUGGAAAAUAUGGGUGCUGUGUGAACCAUUAUCAAUCUGAGUUCUAGUUUUGGUUUAUUCCUGCAUGAUGGGUAUUAAGGUUUCAGUACCGUGAAGGUUGCUGCCGGAGUUAUCAGGCCAUGUAGCGGGCUGUUACACCAGUCAUGAUUUCUUCAAAAUAGAUUCUUCAAAUUAUCUGGCUGAUGCCUUGUUGGAGAUUAACUGCGAAGAUCAAUAUGUAUUGACCGAUGAUAUGUACAUGGGGACUGCUCAAGGCUGAAUGUUGUACCGUUUAGAACAUGUUACCUGAUAAAGUUGCAUUGAUGUU